GUUUAUAUAAUAUAAUGUCCUAAGACUUCCUUUAAAUAUUAACUUUUUUUUCUUUGAUACCUGUCUAAACCUUAUCUACCUUUUGAUACGUUCAGUAGUUUGCUUGUUUUAUUGAUUACGUAUCUGUCCCCAACAUUACGUCUUUAGCCUAUACCCCUAGCAUGCGUCUUUACAGAGCCUAAACCGCCAGGCCACUCGUUCACACAAAACAGCAAGAAAAAGCAGAAUGCUGCCCUCCUCCCUUGUUUCUCUCCUCAGCCUUGCUUUAGCUGCUUCUGCGGGAUCUGGCCAUCCCCACAUGCUCGACGCCGACGAUGUUGUUGUUCUUGGCCGUGACGGUUCCUCUGGAGUCAUGAAGGCUUCGACCUAUGAGGCUCUCAAACACGCCGGUGCCAUCACACCAGGCCCCAGUCCUGCUGCCGCUCCGGCUCCUUCGGUUUUGCGCGGCGCAACCAGCACCUACAACAAAGCCCGGCGCAGCUGCAAACAAAGCAGCGAAGUCCAGAUUCUGUCGAACACUUCUUUCAUAGACUGGGACGUUGCCAUCUCUCCAGUUGUGUCAGCGGUCGGUAGCAACAAUACCCAAAUAAGCAUUGGAGACGGGUACUCAAUCUCAAACCAACUCAAAAUCAGAACAAAGGCCAAACACCGCACCAUAAGCAUCAUUAAGGAGACGCUCCAAUUGGCAUAUGAUGCAAAGUGGCAAACCUCACAGGAGAACACUUAUAGAUAUAAAAUAUCGGGGGAUAUGUACGGCGUCAUUGUCAGUCAACCCUUGGUACACCGUCUCGAGGGCGCCCUGCUGAGUGGCUGCACCGAUAGUCCCGAUGUGGAACCUUUCGAAAUCAACUUAUAUACUGACCAGAGCUUUGGUCAGCUGCACUGGGUCACUGGUAUUAUUCGACUGUGUGUUAAUGAGACCUACCCCAUUCCGUUUUGUAAUGGAGAAGGCUUACAUCAAUGAGUGUGAUUAUUAAGUGUAAGUAGGUCUAUUUGCGGUUAGACUUAGAAAAGAAAGGUAGAGACUGAAACAAAAGUACUUUUAACU